GGCAUCUUUGUCUUUCCUUUCCCCUCUGCAUGCCCCAAGAGGGUGGGGAACACUGAAUUACCUUGAGCCUCCAAACAGUGUCUUGCAGAAUUUCAUAGUCUGGGGUACUGGGCUGCUGAAAGGUCCCUCUGUGGUCCUCCAGGGCUGAGUGAGCAGUCCUGCAGGCAUGUCCACCUCUACUAGUUAAAUGAGAUCCUGAUUCUUCCUUCGUCAGCAAGAACAGCAGCUGCCCCUGGGAUCAGCCCAUGUCCUGCCGUUGUAGCGUGGAUUUGUGGACUAUGGAGUGAGCCCUAUGCUCUGCAACUCUGUCAUGGUGGCUCUCUACUGCCAGAUAGUGAUUUUCAUCCCCAGUAUGUUUUAUAAUAGGGCCCUGAGGAGUUACUCAUGCAAAGCCUCUGGAUCAUCUGGGCAAAUGUAGAAGCUGCGGUUUAUCAAAGCUAAACAUCCUACCUAUAUCUGAGUUGCUGAAACAAGACUGCCUAGAGGAAAGACUGGCACAGUGAGAAUUCUUUCAACCAUGGGUGGAAAACUUUCACCAUUCUGGAAGACACCUGACCAAAAGGAGAGGGAAGGCAAACUGAUCUUACCCAGGCAACUGGAUGCUGAAGGUGAAAUCGCCAAUUAUGCUAGUAUCAAUGACUCUGCUACAUCCUGUGCACCCUGUGUGGGCAUUGCACGUCGAAGCUGUGUCAACUGUCCAACAUGUCAGGGAACAGGAAGGAUCCCCAGGGAGCAAGAGAAGCAGCUGGUGGCACUGAUUCCAUAUGGUGACCAGAGGCUGAAGCCUAGACGAACGAAACUCUAUGUAUGUGUUGCUGUGACAAUUUGCCUGCUGACAACAUCUCUCAGUAUUUUUUUCCUGUUUCCUCGCUCUGUUACUGUGCUGCCUGCAGGGCUGAAUGCCUCCUCCGCUGGCUUUAAUGCCACUACUGCCAGUAUAUGCCUCAACAUGACGAACAUGCUGAACAUAACUAAUAACAAUUUCUACCUGGUCACUGUCGUGCAGCUAGACAUAGAGGUUUUGCACCAGUCCCUAGUAGUAGGGAAGACCACCAUGAAAACCCUGCUGAAUAUGAGCCCUUUGCAGAGCAGCCAGAUCUAUUAUACAGUGGCCAGUAGGAUAUUGGACAACAACACCUAUAACAUUUGUACCUGGACAAAAGUCAAAGUUCACAAUGUUCUGCUGCAUAUACAGGGUACCCUGACCUGCACAUACCUGUGUCAUUCAGAGCAGCUGGCUUUUGAAGACUACCAGUAUGUGGACUGCCGGGGGAAUGCCACGCUACCUCACCCACUGUACCACCGUGUGCCAUGACAGGGCCAGGUUGACAGAGCUUUUGGGUGCAGCAUAUUCCAGCACAAAGGCAAGUCACAGGGAGACAAACUUCUGGGGCUUCUUCUCAAGCUAUGCCUUCAACAGGAGGCUUGGUGUUUCCUGGAUAAGACUUCCAUCUCUAAUGCAAAGAUGGUAACAUACUUGGCCUUGUGAAUGUGGACUCUGCUGCCCUCAGAUUGCAGCUUUCUUUUUUCAGUGCUUUAUCAUGGCUGAUGCUUCAGCAGAGUGACCAGUGCACAGGGUGUUUCUGUGUGGCUGAUCAGAGUGGACCACACACUGCUACUUUGGAGGCAGCGCCCUGUUAGUCAGACUAACUAGUUGUUUCCUCCUUGCAUAAUUUUGCACUUCUGUCCUGA